CGGUAUCAUAGGGCCGUUGCCAAAGGACCUUUAAAGCUCAUACAAGCAACCACGAGAAGCCGUCUUACUUCCAAACGUCACCCUGCUCCCCACACCUUUCUACAAUCGCUCUGCUCUCGUCAUUGUCAAACUAAGGUCUUACCCAGCUAGUCCUUCGAAUUACUAUGUCGUCUUCACCUUAUGGAUUUCUAUACAACCCGAGUCUGCCCUCCGAAGAGACAAUCGUUGCCCACUGCUUGAAUCUCGGCUUCGUCUGCGGAACCACCAUUGUCGAUCCUUCUACUACGUCGGUCAUUGCCUGGAUCAAAUAUGGUCGCGACGUCACCGUCGCCGAGGCGCGCACGCAAGAUUGGACCGCGAAGGCUCUCCGCGAUACUGGUGCCUCAGAUAUACGAGCCCCUCGCGUAUUCCAUGCGUUUACGGCAGACUACCACGGGUGGCCAGUUGGCUACAUCGCCAUGGAGUACAUCGAGGGUACAGAUUGCGGCUCAAAGGACGUCGAACUAGUUGCGAAAGCUGUCCAGGCGUUGAUCGGCCUCCAAGCACCACCAACCGCGACACUCGGACACAUUGGCGGCGGUACAAGAUCUAUUGUGCACUCCUUCUUUCCCGAGUGGCUUCCCAAUGCCAAUUACAGGUCCGACCAGGAUUUCUAUGCUCAUAUUCGCAAUAUCUUUAAAAUGCUGCCCAUCGAUUUUCAUGGCGAUAUAUCUAGCCACGAUCGAUUCCUUUGUCCUUCCGAUUUCAACUCGGGUAACUUCAGGAAGCGUACGAUGGAGGAUGGCCGGUUAGUAGUGGCGGUGUUGGAUUUCGGUGCGACGUGCUUCAUGCCGCUCCCCUUCAUCGAGGUCGCACUGAAGAAGCCUUGGGACCGCUUUUCCCAGUUGGUUGUCAGGAAGAUCAUUUAUCCUCACCCGUGGUCGGACGAUGCAAGGUUUUUGCUCUGCGCCUCCGGUCUUCUUGUUCAGUACGGUUUCAAGCCAGUCGCACUCCCAUCGGGCGUCAGUCCUAGAUGAAUGGCAGAUAAUGUGUUGGCGUACCCUGCGGCUUACCUUACACGGGUACCUCGCUACGUACCUUGGGGUCCUGAUAUUGAUUUGCGAGAGAUCAAAAGCCGGGUCCGUAGCAAUGUCCGACAAUUCCUCAAUUCCCGUUGAUCACGAAGCGGAAUGGCUGAAUAAGUGUUUAGACUUGAGCACGGAAAAGCUUUGGUCCCAGUUGAACCACUCGAUCGCCGUCGGUGCUGUCGCCGUCACUGA